GGGAACUUGCUUUUCGUGUUUUGUAAUCUGCCUUGAGUCUCUGUGAGGAGAGCACAUGGAAGUAAAGAUGGAGAAGCCGGAUCCAGACGGCCCCAAAAGAGGAGCACAAUCAGCAGCAAGAGGAAGAGACCCUAGUGUUGUCCCCAUAGGAACCACCAGGGAGGUCCCGACCGGGAGGGCUCCGAAGCAAAUUAAACAGGAGCCGGAGGAGUGGCCACAGCAGCGGUGGGAAGCCCAGUGGCAGGAGUUCCUGAAGACGGUGGAGUCCCCUCACUCGGGAUGGCGGCGCCCACAGAUGCCUCAUCGGCAAUCAUGGGUGGAUACAAAGUCUUUCCAGGCCUCGUUCAAGGGAGCUGCAGAUGCCAGCCGGUGGCCUAGAGAAGAACUUGAGACAAAUGCGCCGUCAGGUCACUGCAGAGAACCCACCGUGACAGUGAAAGAAGAGAUGUUGGACGAGGAGGGCGGCAACCUGGACGUGCGCUGCCGGCGCUUCAGGCGCUUCUGCUACUGGGAGGCCGAGGGGCCCCGAGACGUUUGCCAGCAACUCCAGGGACUCUGUUGUCAAUGGUUGAGGCCGGAGACGCACACAAAAGAGGAGAUCCUGGACAUGUUGGUCCUGGAGCAGUUCCUAGCUAUCCUGCCGGAGAAAAUGCAAAGUUGGGUCCGGCAAGAAGGGCCCGAGAGUUGUGUCCAGGCCGUGACCCUGGCCGAGGCGUUUUUGCUGAGGCUGGAAGAAGCAGAGAGAAGAGGAGGGCAGUUUCAGGUGCUGGAGCCUUUUGAAGAGGUGAUUGUUCAUUCCCCCAAGGAAGAACAGGAUCCAUCAGAUACGGAGGAGAUGCACCUCUGUGGGGUGCAGGAGGGCGAUGAGGGUGCCAACGUGUUCAUAGGUGAUGAGCAAAUGAAUGAAAAUGAGGUAGAGAAUCUUCCUCCGGAGGAACCUGAGCAAGUGGAAGCCAGCACAAGGCUCACAGAACGGGCAGGAGGGAACCUUAUGCAGGAUUCUCCAUUUGUUCAAGCCCACUGUUCGCAAGGAAAUGAGAAUGAAGGGCAGAACCUUCCAUCAAAAAGAGCCGAACAAGCUGAAGUCAGCGAGAUCUCUUUGGAAAAAAACAGGGGGACAUUCUUCCAUGUUCCCAAAAGAGAUGGAGCACCUGGAAGUCCACCGGGUUCCAAAAAACCUCAGGAAAACCAUCCAGAAAAGAUACUGAGGAGAGACUUUGACUGCAGGGAGGAGAGUGACAGAAGCUUAAACAAGAGCCCUUCCCAAGAGAGGGUUCCUGAACACACUGCUGAGUGUGGAAAAAGCUUCAGUCCGAGUUUUGAUCUUGAUCUGCCUCCAAAGACUCAGUCCUAUGAAUGUUCUUACUGUGGGAAAAGGUGGCCAUGCCAGUCUCAGCUGCGCAGACAUGUGAAAAUCCACACGGGAGAGAGACCCCAUAAAUGUACGGACUGUGGGAAAAGCUUCAGCACCAGUUCCAACCUCAGCCAGCACAAAAGGGUACACACAGGCGAGAGGCCAUACAUUUGCAAAGACUGUGGGAAAAGUUACCGGCGCAGGGCAUCCCUGGUCCAGCAUGAGAGGGAAACUUGUGGGAAGGGAAGCCAUUUGAACACCCCGGCAGUGGGAUACGUCGUGUUGGGAAACUGCACUUUGCUGUGUGUGAAGAAAUCCACACCGGGCAGCAGAAACCGUGUCAUUGCUCCAAAGGGAGGUGAACCACCUCUGGCUGCUCCGCCCUUAAAGGUCUUGACUGGCUAUGGUCAGGAGAGAAGUCACACAAGUGAUUAAGUGGGGUGGGGGGGGGUGAAUUCUGGCUCCAGGGCAAACCUCAUUUAACACAAGACAGCUCUUGCUAAAGAAGAGAAUCGUUCAGAGCGUGGCCAAAAAGUUUAUUCAGGAAUUGAAGGCAAGAUCGGAAGGCUGUGUCGUCUGACUGCCCUGUGUGCAGAAACCAUCUUCUGUUCUAACUUAUUUUGCAGGGGAGCCUAAAAUGGGCCUGAACAAUUUGUGUUCUGCCCACUGAACCCAGGUCAUGGACACCUCUGUUUUUCUGCAGCCCUACACAGGCAUGAAUGAGAAAGGCAGACUAUAAAAUGAGCUAAAUAAAUAUACAUGACUGUAUUCAGCUUGGGGGAGUACAAA